GGGGGGGGGGGAACCGUCAAGUAUCAACAGAGAUUCUGUUUGUUCAAGCUAUGGUCCACAACGGUGUCAACGGCAUUACAACCGAAACCAUUCCAAUGCCCGCCAAAUUCGUUCCCACGUUUCUCUCCCCUGCAUAUAUCCCUUAAAAAUCUCCUUCUCCCUCCAGUUUCUACGGAAAAUCUUAAGGGAAGUGACCCCUUUUUCUUCCUCUCUUCCCUCAAAAUGUCUUCUUUUUGAAUGAUCAUAAUGUCUCGAGCCCUCCAUUAUAUUAGAUUUUGUUUGGUUUGGGUUGAUCUUAAGGGUCUUUAACAUAUACCCAUUACUCAGCGUUUCUUGUGUUUUCCGGAGGUCUGCCUUAUAAGGCAAAUUUGACUACCCAUUUUCUUAGGGUUCUUGACUUCUUAUAUUCCAUGGCAGUUUCAACACAUGGGUUUUGAUGGGUUUUCCAUCUUAUUUCUUGAUUUACUUAUCAAACCUUGUAUAGCAUAAUAACCCAGAUUGUUUUACUCUUUAUAGUUUUUUCGUAGAUUAGAACUUUACCUGGAUUGAUGUUUGUUAACGUUCCAUCCUCAAUUGAAGUUUUUGUAGCUUUCUCUUUUGGUCAUUUUGGUGAUCGGCAUUUGAGAGUUGAAUCCAAUUGAAAUUCCUAGCUUUUUCUUUGGGCCAGUUCAUAGCUUUUUCAAUCCCAAUUGGAAAUUUUAUAGCUUUCUCUUUUGAUCAUUUGGCUGUUCUAAUACUACUUCUUGUGUCUUUAAGGCUUUCCAUAAUAUUCAUACGUAGAGGGACUCGUAUAUUUUCGUUUGAAAAAUCUAUGGAAUCAUUCGGAAAGUAUUCUCAUCAUUGUUUUUGGAUGUAAGGGAUUCCGAGAUUUAGACAAAUUGAUUUGGCCAUUUGGAAUAAAUAGGCUAGAGAUAUGAGUUGUUUUUCGUGCUUUUCAUCGAAAUCAAGUAGGCGGAAGAGGGGACCUGUGCCUGCCGCUGCUUCUCAUUAUCAAGAAGCUCCUGUGCAUGCACGGCCUGAGAAUCCUGGAAGGGUCUCCGCCGAAGCUACAAACAAAAAGGAUGAAAGUAAAGAAGCUUCCAACAAUAUUGCGGCACAAACCUUCACCUUCCGUGAACUGGCCUCAGCAACAAAGAAUUUCCGCCAAGAAUGCCUGAUAGGUGAAGGCGGAUUUGGACGAGUUUAUAAGGGCCAACUUGAAAAAACUGGCCAGAUUGUAGCUGUGAAGCAACUUGACCGGAAUGGAUUUCAAGGAAACAGAGAGUUUCUAGUAGAGGUUUUGAUGCUGAGCCUUCUGCACCAUCAGAAUCUGGUGAAUCUUAUUGGAUACUGUGCUGAUGGAGAUCAGAGGCUUCUGGUUUAUGAGUACAUGCCAUUGGGAUCUUUGGAAGAUCAUCUACUUGAUCUUUCAUCAGGUCAAAGACCACUAGAUUGGUUCACAAGGAUUAAAAUAGGUCUGGGUGCAGCAAAGGGUUUGGAAUAUUUGCAUGAUAAGGCUAACCCGCCUGUCAUAUAUCGAGAUCUCAAAUCAUCCAACAUCUUGCUGGACAGGGAGUUCAAUGCAAAGCUCUCUGAUUUUGGGCUAGCAAAACUCGGUCCUGUCGGAGAUAAGACACAUGUAUCUUCGAGGGUCAUGGGAACAUAUGGGUAUUGUGCCCCAGAGUAUCAAAGAACAGGUCAACUAACUGUGAAGUCGGAUGUAUACAGCUUUGGCGUUGUUUUGUUGGAGCUGAUUACCGGAAGGAGAGCAAUUGACACCACAAGGCAGACUGGGGAGCAAAACUUAGUUUCUUGGGCAGAACCGGUAUUCAAAGAACCAACAAGGUAUUCAGAACUAGCUGAUCCGCUUCUCCGAGGGAACUUCCCUCCCAAAAGCUUGAACCAAACUGUUGCAGUUGCUGCCAUGUGUCUCCGCGAUGAUGCCUCUGUCCGUCCUUUGAUGACCGAUGUGGUCACUGCUCUUAGUUACCUUGGGCAGGGACCGGAUGCAGGGACCGUUUCACCACUGUCAGCCCCUUCUUCUCCGUUUGAUGAUAGGUCGGCUGAAAAUGGAAACGAGAACAAUCCCGAUGAAGUCAGUGCAAGGGAGCGCCAGCGAGCAGUCGCUGAAGCCAUAGAAUGGGGUUCAAAUUCGAGGCGGGACCAAAUGAGUGCACUGGCUGCAACUGGUUCUUCUGAGUAGUGAACUUAUCUAUUUGUUUCUUUGCAUUCGCCAUGCAAAGUUUCACAUUCAGAUUUAUAGAAUUAUUCCGGGAAAAAUAAAUUUUAAGUGAAUUGCUUUAAAUGACUGAAGACUACUUU